AUGAAGCCUACCAUUCUCGCCUCCCUGCUGUUAGCCGGGACGGCCAUUGGCAGCCCCGUCCAACAGAAAAGAGAUACCGUCACGGCCCAGGUCAACUUCUCCAAUAACACGGGCAAACCGCAGCAUCUCGCUUCGGGACUGCUAUAUGGACUUCCUGAUACCCCGAACCAGAUCCCUUCCAAAUUCUACACCGACAUCGGAUACAACUACGAGCGCGCAGGCGGAGCCCAGGUUCCAGCGCCUGGGAGGGGCUGGAUCUGGGGACUUGCCGAGUAUAAGAACCGCUUCGCCUCUGCGCUCUCCAACUACAAGACCGCCCGCCAACACGGCGCGCAAUUCAUCUUCCUGAUCCACGAUCUGUGGGGCGCAGACGGAACGCAGAAUUCCUCUGCCCCGUACCCCGGCGACAACGGCGACUGGACCAGCUGGGACAGUUACCUGACACAUCUCCUCAGCGAUAUCAAGUCCAACGGCAUGGCCGAUGGCUUGAUCAUCGAUAUCUGGAACGAGCCCGAUCUCACCUAUUUCUGGAACCGGGACCAAGCACAGUACUUGCAGAUGUGGGGACGGACGUACCACAGACUCCGUUCUGAGCUCGGCUCCGGCGUACAGCUCUCCGGCCCCGCGUCAGCAGGCGAGCCCCUCGCCAGCAACACCUGGUGGAACAACUGGGCGUCCUUCGUCGCCAGCAACAAGAGCAUCCCCGAUCAAUACGCCUGGCACAUGGAAGGCGGCGGCGGCGAUCUGCUCUCCGCGCAGGACGGGCUGGUCCACUGGCAAAAGACGUACGGGCUGCCCGGGCGGCCGAUCAACAUCAACGAGUACGCGGUGUACAACGAGCAGGUCCCCGCCGGCUCGGCGUGGUGGAUUGCCCAGCUGGAGCGGAUCAAUGCGCACGGAUUGCGCGGGAACUGGCUGAGCGGGUACAUGCUGCAUGAUUUCCUGGCGAGUCUGCUGGGAAAACCCAAUGCGGAGACCGCUUACAGCGCCACUGGCACGGGGUACUAUCCCAACGGGGACUACCAGGUGUACAAGUACUAUAACCGGAACAUGACGGGUCACCGGGUGGGUACGCUUCCGUCGUCGGACCUCAAGCUCGAGGCGUAUGCGACUGUCGGGGAUGAUGGGUAUGCGCGGGUGCUGGUUGGUGUGCGGAUUACCCAGGGGACGUGGGAGUUGCAGUUGAAUGAGUUGUCUGCUUUGGGGUUGCCGACUAGUGGGACGCUGAAUGUGCAUACCUGGGGAUUCCCUGUCGCAUCGGAUGUGCAUUAUGGUGAGGUUGAUGGGCCGAAGGAUCUUGGUUGGUAUGGACAUGCGUACUCUGGCGAUACGGUGACUUUCCCGGUUUAUCAGACUGACACCACGACGGCGUAUGCGUUUGAGUUUGCUAUCUGA